CUGAGAGCGGUUGGUGAUUUCAUUUCUCAGUGAGGAUCAACGGGACUGCUACAGAGGAUGAAGAGGAUGAUGAAGAUCAUGCUCCUCUUAAUCGGUGUGUGUGUGCUGCUGCUGUCUGCACCGACUGUUUCUGCAGUGUCUCUGUCUGUCAGUCCAAACCUUCAGCAGGUCUUCAGUGGAUCUUUAGUGGACCUGAGUUGUGUUGAUGAUGGACAGACAGCUGAUGGAUGGACAGUGAAGAGGACCAGAGGAGGAUUCACUGAGGACUGUGGAGCAGCUCCAGGCUUUGGAAGGCUUCUUGGUUCCUACUGUGUUGUGGAUCUUUCUGCUCCCAGUGAAACCUUCUGGUGUGAGGACUCCUCUGGACAGCAGAGUGACAGAGUCUCCUUCAGUGUCCAAUCAGACCCUACAGGAACAGGAACCAAGAACAGGAACGUCUGACUGCUGAAGAAACAGUCUGAGGAGGAGGAGGAGCUGGUGAUGAAGAGCAGCCUGUGUGUAUAUACAGUAUCUGUUGUGUAUUCAACCCUGAGGAAGAUGAAGAUUCACCUUUGCUUUGGCCUUCCUCUGCUAACAGCUAACUAACCUCAGCCAGAUGUUCUGCAGCUGUUUCUCUAACAUUAGAAGUUUAUAAUGAUGAUGACCCCGAACGUGUUUCUGCUGUUCUGAUGGAUCUCCACAUAGCGUCCUGACUCUGUGUCACAUGUUAGCUUCAUGUGGGUCAAAGGUCAAAGCUGCUGACUGUCAGGAAGCACCAAACACCCCCUCUGACCUCAGAGCUCCCUGAGGCCACACCCACACUUCCUGUCAGUGCCUGUGAUUGACAGCUGCCUCCAUCAGUAUCACAUAUAUCCAUAUAAUCACCCUGAGGUCACUGAUGUUGCUGCUGUAUGAACCACAUUAAAUGGUUUUACAUAUUAACA